AUCGAAUGGGACUCCGCCCCCGCCCCCCCUUCUGGCUGCUUCCUGCUGCCGUCCCCGGUCCACAACAACAACAACAACGGCGGACCCGGAGCCGGGGUCCCCAUAGCAACGGAUGGGCUCUCGGAGCUCCAGCUCCGGUUCUGGCUCCAGCUCCGGUUUCGGCUCCGUCCCGGCGGGCGACAGAAGGCGACAUACAGAUGAGCAGCAGGACUCCAACCUGGCUCAGGUCCUGGCCCACCUCCUACGCAGGGGCCAGGUCCAGCUGGUGAACGGGGGGAGAGCAACAGGUCUGCAGCUCGUGCAGACGUACUCGGACGAUGAUGAAGACAGUGACAGUGCCUGGGACGGAUGCCUAGGAGACCGCUACCACCCCCCAGCUCCCUCUCCCUCCCCCUUCAGCCCGGACGAGCGGAGGUUCUGCGUGUUCUCGCUGACAGUGUCCUCAGACGGACGAGAGGUGCUGGGCGGAGCGAAUGAUGGCUGCCUGUACGUGUACGACCUGGAGCACAACAAACGGACAUUGAAGAUCGACUCCCACGAGGAUGACGUGAAUGCAGUCUCCUUCGCGGACCUGGGCUCCCAGAUCCUGUUCUCGGGGGGCGACGACGCCCUGUGCAAGGUGUGGGACCGGCGGACCCUGCGGGAGGACUGCCCCCAGCCCGUGGGGGUGCUGGCGGGCCACCGCGACGGGAUCACCUUCAUCGACAGCAAGGGGGAUGCCCGCUUCCUCGUCUCCAACUCCAAGGACCAGACCAUCAAGCUGUGGGACGUCCGCCGGUUCUCCCCGAAAGAGGGCCUCGACGCCUCGCGGCAGGCCGUCACCCAACAAAACUGGGACUACCGAUGGCAGCAGGUGCCCAAGAGAGCCUUCAAGAGGCACCGCCUGCCUGGAGACACCUCGCUGAUGACGUACAGGGGCCACGGUGUCUUACACACCCUGAUCCGCUGUCGCUUCUCACCCGCCUUCACCACCGGCCAGCGGUUCAUCUACAGCGGCUGUUCCACCGGCAAUGUUGUCAUUUACGACGUCCUAACGGGAAAGAUCGUGAGCAAACUGUCGGAACACCGGGCCUGUGUCCGUGACGUCAGCUGGCACCCGUUCGAGGAGAGGAUCAUCAGCACCUCGUGGGACGGAGGGGUGUGUCAGUGGGACUACCAGCUCUCCGAGUACUUCGCCGAUGAUCUCCCGGAUCAGGUGACCUCCCUACACCCCCGCCGCAGGAACCUGGACACUGGCAAGGAAACCUGAUCGAUACCUGCCCCCACAGCCCCACCCCGACCCAGAGACUGGGGGUGGGGUUGUGGAAAGAAGAAUCCUGGCUCUCCCGACUCAUGGCCCAGCGGGAGUGAGCACACCCGUCCCCUCCCCGCCGGGCCCAGCUGCAGAUCCAGGGAAGAGUUUCCACCCAGACCCACCCAACCCCCCCAGCUCUCUUGUGAGGUGGUGAAUCUUUCCUGUGUCUCUGAUUCCCAGGGAUCGACUGCUGGUGGAGGGGGUUGGAGAUAAUGCCCCCUCCCCGUUCCGGACCCCAGUUGCAACGCACACCAGACAGUAUUCUGACAGCGUUCCCAUCCCGCUCCUUCACCCACCUCUCGUCCCUGCCUCCCUCACCUCUCCAACCCUCCUGGUGAACACCCACCCCCUCCGUGCAGUUCGGCAGCCCCGACUCAGGGCGAUGUAUUAAAGUUUUAUACCUCUCA